AUGGGACAGUUUCAGUCCAAAACAGCGCCUCACGGCCUCAAUCCCGCCUCCGGCGUCAUGGCGACCGACACCAACAACAAGCCAAAGCCAUUGCGCCCCAGCUACAGUCAGCCAAUCUUGAACGGCCUUUUAGGAGCUGAUACCGUCUCUCUUGGCGCCACCUCCCAAUGGUCCUCCGCCAGCACAGACUUUAUCCACAUCACCAUCACACCGCCCAACGCAAAAGCUGAUUUUCCCUUUUUGCCCGUCAUGACCAAGCGCGAGUGUACCGCCAUCCUUUCAACCGCCCCCGUUUACAGCUACCUGCUCUUCUCAGACACCCAGGGUGGCGGUAAUCUGGCAGUGCGCCUGCAUGAACGCCUCCAGCGCCUUCACCUCGCCCGCAGUUCAGAUGGCGCCAUCGCCCUUGAGAUCCCCCACGUCGCUGAAGCUCAGCCUCGCUUUCAACGCCUGAUUGACCUCAUCCUCUACUACUCCACAGACCGCCCAGGACUCAAGUUUCGCCUUGCCCUCCCCCUCUUUGAUUUUUCAUCCCUUCGCGAUGGCAUCGAACAACACGACCCCACUGCCCGCCCCGCCUCGCAUCGCAACAUCUCCACCAUCCAGGAAGGACACACAUCUUCCUUCUCAACCGGCCAGCAACCACAGCCCCCGCCACGUCGUAGCACCAGCCUGGGCCUUACCCCCCACCACAAACACCCGACCCCUGCGCACUCACCCAUGACAUCAACCGCUGCGUCGUCUUGGGCCACUGCAAACACCACCGACGCAGCUGGUGCCCGUGGCGAGGAAGACGACGAUGACCUGCUUUCGUCCAACGCUGCCCUCUUCGAUAACAGCCUUCAUAGCACGCGUCCCGAUGCCGCAUCGCCUGCCCCUGCCGCGGGGGGCCUCAACGACGCUGACGAUGAUCUCGCGGGGUUUGGCUUUUAUCCCGACGAACCAUCCCCUGACAACCAAGAAGUCGCCGCUGCCGUUGUCCCCGUUAUCCCUGACUGCCGAGGUGGUCGCCCCGCACUAGCCCCCGGCCUCGACGGUGACGAUCCGGCUCGCCUUGUGUACGAUUCUCUUGUCGCCAAACGCCGUCCGCUAAUCAAGCCCCUCACCGACGACGAGCCUGCCGUUCCCAUGAACAUCAACUUUACUGCUCAGCUUAAUUUCCAUGAUCACUUUGCCUGGUGGCGAGCCAAGGACUGUGCCAGCUCGAGCUUUGAAGCGGAUCCGUGGUGCCAUGGCCCCCACCUGAGCGCAGCCCAUGCUCGCUCGUUGUUGUCCACCUUUGGCAAGUCCAAGGGGAAUUGCUUCCUGCUGCGGCAGCUCGUCCAAUGGACCCGCUCUGCCGAAGUCACGGAUCUUCGAACCCACGAGUUUCUCAUCCGCGCCCAAGACCGCACCUUUGCCCUCGGACUCAUUUGGCGUGGGCAUCACUACCAGUUUGACAUGGGAUCAGUCAUGGCUGCCGAGUGGCCAGGCUUUGCGGACAUGCGACCAACAGUAAAAAGCCUCCACCAAGCUUACCAGGCCCUGGCCCAGUAUGCCUGUGAGCAAGACUUUGACCUAGGCUGCCCCAUCAACGUGCCCAUCCUCCCAGGCGUGGGUCGCUCGGCUGCCCCGCUCUGGCUGCACGAGAACAUUUCCGAGGGUCAAGCUGCAACUCUGCUCGCGGGCACUGCCCCAGGCACCUUUGUGGUGCGCGCUCUUCCUCGUGAUCGCCAGUUUGCGCUUACUGUUUCCGCAGACAACGCGAUUCACGUGUACCACCUCGCCAUGGCUGAUGACCUCUCCUGGAUGAUUGAGGACAUUCCCAUUGACGGCGCCGUGUCACUCGUGUCGACUGUGGCCAUCCUCAAUGCCGCCGUCGUACAUUUUCCAGAUCACCUGGAUGCUUUUAUUCCCUGUAGUCCUGACUUUGAGGCAGGCGAGGCCCCACCGCUGCCCGAACCGAUGGAAACCGACUCGCAAUCCUCGGCCAGUCCCACGGCCACGUUGACACCGGUAUCGCCCGCCAGCACGAUCCGCCCCACCAUCAAAAAAGCUGGAGGCCGCUUUGCGCGUUCACAACUGGCUUCGGAACGUCGCGCGGACCUCAUGCGUUUCGCGCUGAAUGAACAACGCGUGCAACGGACCGUGGUUAUUGAGCGUCGUCGCGGCGAAUCGUGGGGCAUCACAUUGCGGACCGUGGCCGGCGAACUCGGCACCAUGGUUGCUGGCGUGGAUCCAGGCUCUCCCGCCGAUUGUGGAGGACUCAAGUUUGGAGACGUAUUUUUGCGGAUUGACGAUCAAGUUGUGGCACAUUCAUCGCACCAUGACAUUAAGAGCAGCUUGCGGGCUGCCACCAAAGCCACCGUGGUACAACAGCAGUUUCCUUCGCUUCUGCACCAUGGCAAUGAGACCACGCCUGGAACCAGCAUUGUCUGUGUGUGUGUGUGUGUGUGUGUGUGUGUGUGUGUGUGUGUGUGUGUGUGUGUGUGUGUGUGUGUGUGUGUCUGUCUGUCUGCUUGUCUGUCCAUUAGUCUUGUCUGUCUGCCGGUCAACGGUGUAACUGUACCCUUUGUCACACUUGAUGCCGUUCAAACCGAGCGAGAGAGACAGAGAGAGAGAGAGAGUAAAAAUGAUGACAAAGACAAAAAUGAUGACAAACCACCCACUCUUCUCUCUCUUUCUCUCUCUCUCACCUUUCAUGUGGUAGUUGUGCUUUUGUGUCUUUGCUGUUUCUACCUUUCUCUCUCUCUCUUCUCUCUCUCUUUCUCUCUCUCUUUCUCUCUCUCUCAGUCACGCUCACAAUAUGGUUGUGGCUUGUACUAUGGCGGCGACGAGUCGAAUGGCAGUGUGGCGCGGGGCGUGGGGGAGUGUACCACGAUGGUUGCGAAGCUGGCGGAAAACCCCUUUUAUGCCAAGUAUCGUCAGAAAGUCGAUGCCACCGUUGCUGAUCAAAUCUCAAACACGGACACCAAUGAAAUUGAGCUCAAGGAGAUCCCCGAGACCCCAUUGGCCCACGCCGAACACGCCAAGCAAGCCAUCAAGGCCAAGGAAGCGCUGCGACACGCCCACAGUAGUUUGGCCCACGUUGAUGCCUCGGAGCUGCCACCCUCGGUCACGCCGCUGGCUGAACUUCUGCCUGUGGACAAGCUCGCUGACGUUUCGACGGCCGACAUUGCCCUCCUCUGGCAGGAAGUCCUCGGAAGCCAGGAGGGUGUCAUUGGGGCUGCGGUGCCUGACCACACCUACGACUUGGUGUUUCGCCGCGGUCGGGAAUCCCCUCAAUUUCUUCAUUUGAUCCCACGCUCCACGGGAUUCGAAGUCUUCGUGUCGGAGAUUAAGAAGCAUCAAUGUGGCUUUGCCAGUCUCGGCGAAUUCCAACUGCACGGCGACAGCACCCGCUCGCUCCUAUCACUCAACUAUUACACUGAGCUGAAACGCAGCAAAGGCAUUGUUCUUUUGCGCGGCGAAUACGACAAGGAUGCCCUGACCGCUCAGGAGGCCCAGUUGCUGGUCAACCAAUUCUCCAUCUAUUAUGCCACGCCUGAAGAGGUUGACACGAACAAUUGUCACGACCUCGUGCGCACCCUCAACCACCGACCAACUGAAUUCAAGCUGGAUGAGGUUGUCGAACGCUUCAACAACCUGUUUGCUCGACCUUAA